CAUGAGCUCAUCGCUCUGAUUUUCCGGUGGGAAACAGUCGUCGUUAUUGUGUUUUUAUUUGUUAUGAGUUCUUAAUAACAACACACAACAUUAAUUAAGCGGUGUUGAUGGUUGAAAGGACACACACAGGGACUUUAAUGCGGUGUUUUCCCACAGGGAGUCUGGUUGGUGAAACUCUGUUUAUUGUUUCCAGUUUUGUGGAGGCUGCUCGUGUCUGUGCAGGUUGAGAGGCUGAUAAGACGCAGACUGGAGGAUGAAGAUAAUAACAGGCUGCCAAUGACUGACUGACUGACUGACUGACUGCUGGAGUCCCACCGCAGCCCAAACGGGGGGGCGGGCUGUGUACGCUUAUCACUGUGUUGCAGUGGGCCAUUCUUCACACCGCUACACAACGGGCGACACCUUGAUUCCCACUGCAGCUGGACAAAAACCUCCUCAGCUGUUUGUGUCUCUGAACCGGGACGAAAGCAAGGCGACCCGACGGUGCACGGUUUAUGUUUUAAAAGCACAAACGACUCUGACUUGUCGGUCGUCCUGAAAUGUGACCAUUUUCCCGAGCGAGGGACUCUGACUACGGCAGAUAUUAUCAGUAGUAAUCAGUAAUGAGCUUCUACCUUCUCGCUCAGCGUCAUCUUUAAGAGGUUGGGCUGCAUUUUUCAAACGCUCGUAAAACUCUUCCUGUGUUUAUCUCUUCAAACAAAAGGACCAAAAAAAAAAAAUCUAACUGGUGCCACUCAAAGAAAACAAUCAAAGGCGAUCGUUUUCAGGUGAACAGAUGCUUUUGUUAGAUGGAAAGGCGACAAAGAGAGCCAUUUCUGCGUUGUUGUACCCCGCCAUCAACUCAUCAGAUAAGAACGCUGCUCUGCGGCUCCUUCGCCGGUGACCUUCAGGUUGUUGAGACAAAACCAAAAACCUGGUUCCUGAACCAGACUUUGGUCAGUUUUGUUCGUAUGAAUGUUUCUGCCAUUCAGAGCCACCUCGCAGGGGGGAGAAAGGACGCUUGGCGCAUCUUUUCCAGGAUGCAGAAUGGGAUGACUGUAUGUACAGUUGCCAAGGAUACAGCAGUAGGCGGAGGGGUAGUUAGAGACGGUUAACCCACACACCCUGUGUCUCCGUCCUCAGGAAUCACUUCAGGAGACGCUGCCAAAGACGCAACACAGCCCACUGGAGCCCGCACUGAGGAAUUAUCUGCUGUCAGGAUCUGCCGAGGACGCCGACCGGGACCCGGGACCCGGGAGCGGCGAGGAGGGUGCCGAGCCAUGCUGUCCGCAGCCGUUCAGAUCCUGGCGUUCGCCCUGGCGCUGCUGGGCGUCCUCGGCACAACCGUGGCUACUCUGCUUCCCAACUGGAAGGUGAGCGUCAACGUGUGGUCCCACUUCAUGACCCCCAUCUCGCAGAUGCAGGGGCUGUGGAUGGACUGCGUCUGGUACAGCUCGGGUGUCUUCAGCUGCACCAUGAAGAACUCUGUGCUGACGUUGCCGGCGUAUCUGCAGACCAUGCGGGCCGCCAUGGUUUUGUCCUGCAUGGUUGCAUCGUUUGGACUCUGCCUCGCCUCCCUGGGGCUUAAAUGCACCCGCUGGGGGGGCAGCCACCGGGCAAAGGGGCACACGGCCAUCGCUGCUGGGGGUUGCUUUGUCCUCGCCAGCGUCCUGUGCCUGGGUCCCGCGUCAUGGUUCACCAACGAAGUCAUCACCGUCUUUCUGACGACCGACCUGCCGGAAAGCAGCAAAUAUCAACCCGGAGGAGCUCUGUGCGUGACGUUUGUCUCGGCCGGCUUCCUCCUGGCUGGAGGAGUGAUUUUUUGUCUGUCGUGUCCGGGAAAAAGAUCAGGACGCCCGGACUGUCCUCCGUCCGACCACCCCGACAGAUUUGUCCUGCCCCGAGACGAUCAGCGGAGGCGGGAGCCGCAGGCGGAGAACUCGCAGCCGAAAAACAGGCAAAACAAAACGGUUCAGCUGCAGAUGGACAACGUGAAGACGCAGAAACCUCCGCAGGAGAAACGUGAGCAGCAGGUUUACUCGUCUCCCUCCAAACUCCCUCCGAAAGACAUCAAGGACAGCUACAGCCUCCAGGAGUAUGUUUAGUCCUCGCAGCGGACCGGGGAAGUGUGGAGCUCUCAGCUGAGGCUUUCUGGCUCCUAGUCAGGAGGAGGUGGGCUGGGGGAGGAGAUAAUUACCAAGUGUUGGAAAGGACAGAUUGUGGAUUCAGCUGAAUGUAAAAAAAAAAAAAGCAGCGAACACGAGCUGUGUCGAAAAGAAAUGCUUAAAAUAAACUGCACAGGCACCAAACACAGUAAAUCCUUUAAAAACUGCCGCUGCUUUCUCAUACCAAAGGUCUAGAAAAAAAUGUAAUAAAAAUUGAACGUGCUGAUUGUUAAAGAAAGACAAAGGAAAGCCAUCAUUUAGCAGCUGUAGGUGCUGUCUGCCUUCUCAAACAGGGCCGGUCCAAAGCUUUCUGAAAAAAACAUAUAUGUUUUGUAGAGAUUUAUUUAAAAAAUAUAUAUAUAUAUAAAAAGUACAAAAAGCUGAUGUAUUUUAACUUUUAGACACACUUGUGUUAUAGCGCUUUAAUUCAAUUUACUUUACCCUUGUGUUAAAUUUGACCCGUUUUCAAAGUUUCUUUAUUGGAAACAUGUUCCUCCAUUCAAAAUAACAAAGCAGUUUCUUGACUAAACAUUGACAUCUGCCAAACGUUUGUGAUGAUCCAUCAACAUGCAUUCAUCUAAUCUUUACUAUAUUGAAAUAAUUCAUAAUUUUUGCCUAUUUUACUUCAAAAUAAGUAAUAAUUUCAUGUAUAGUAAAUAUUUAUUGGCCAUAAAUUAAAGAAAUGUAAAACCAUUGGUAAUAGGUGGGAAUGAAGUUGGCUAGAGUGAUACUGAACUAUACUAUGCUAUACUAUGCUAUUCUAUACUAAUAUGCUUGAUAAGAAGGCAAAACGGACCAGGAGUUUGCACGGUCGACAGGAAGACAACACCAGGGUCAACAGAGGUCAUGACUUAGCGUCAAAAUCUUGUUAAAAAUAUGUUACGUAGCUAACUGAAGUGACAUAAUGUC